ACGAAGGAAAAGCGAACAGCUGUUUGCUAGCUGGUUUUGACAGUUAACGGAAGACAAAUUUCGUCGUCAAGCAGAAUAUUCAAAGGUAUCUUUUCACAAACGCUAAUGGUUUGGGGACAAACUUUUACACACCUUUCUGCAAAGAGUGGCUAGCCCUAAAAAGGAAGCUAUGAAUUUCCAGAGCAGUCGCAGGAGAGGAGAAGAUGGCGUCGCUAUGGUUAUUGACUUCCUGCUGUCAAACGCCCGGCUGGUUCUGGGUGUUGGAGGAGCUGCUCUGCUUGGAAUUGCUACAUUAGCAGUGAAACGGCUGAUCGAGCGCGCGGGCCGAGCAGCAGAAGAUGAAAAGGUGGAGCAGAAGAUGGUGGAGAGCUGGGAAGAGUUGAGCUUAGUUUCUUCUUCGCCAAGGUUGAUCAAAAAGGGCCUGGAGGGCGUGGUGCUGCAGCAUGUCGCUAAGGCAGCGAAACAGCAGAAAGCUGAUCUUUGCCAAAAUCCUGAGAUAUCCCCUCCCGAUGUACAGCCUAAACCUGAGUCAAAGUCCAAGAGAGUUCAAUUGUGCGUGCUCACGUUGCAGGAGCGUCUGCAGCAGUUCUAUCACACCAGAGCAGCACUCGCCCCACAAGAGAUCCAAAGAGCUCAGUCUCUGGCUCUGGAUCUCUGCACUGAAAUCCAGGGCUUUCUUCACAGCCGUCACCCGGACAUGCCUUUGGCUGAAAUGAGCCUUGGAGGGUCACUAUUGGAUGACCUGCAGGUGGUCAGUGCAGACCAUGCAAGUCUGCUGGUGCCUUUGCAGCUUGAACCCUCUCUGUGGCGCCUUGUCCCCGGAGAGGAGACGCUGCUCACACACCCACUCCACUGGAUGGUCCGACGGGUCAACCUGGAAUAUUUUCCUCGAGGACGCAGUUACUGGGACAGGUACCUGGUGGGCGGUUACCUGUCUGCAGAGUCUGUUGUCAACAUGUUCAGUAAAGUGGUCAUGGAGACUGUUAACUGGCCAUCGAUCAGCAGCACGCUGGACUGUCUCGUCCGGCCUGUUCUGGGAGGACCCAGCCUCAAAAUGGAAAUCAGUGUGAAAGGAGCAGAGGGUUGCGAGCAGCCCAUGUUCAUCUCCAUGCUGCCCAUGCUGAGGGAGGGGGACGUGGUCCUGACCGCUCAGCCUGAGCUCACCUCUCCAUGGGUGAAUGCCUGGCACCUCUGCCUGUAUCCCUGGGAGACGCAGCGUCUGUCUCAGCUCGACACCGUCGACAGCGGCUGCCGCAGACACACGCUCAAAAUCCUCAAAGCCGUGUGCAGACUGAACCCCGCGCUGCGCCCCCUGACCGCCGCCCCGCUGGCCAAUCUCAUCCUGCACCUCAGCGACAGCGAGAGCGACUGGUCAGAGAGCAGCCUGGACAGGAGGUUUCAGCAGUGCAUCACGGAGCUGAUUGGCUACCUGGAACACGGGUCGUUGCACAGUUUCUUCAAACCAGCCGUCAAUCUGCUGACGGGUUUGUCGGAGGACCAGGUGGACCAGAUGGGCUUCAUGCUCUACUGUGCGGUGUCAGAGCCAGAAAUACUGCUCAUGUAACCCCCCUACACACAGCCACCCACAUCUUUCUCUCUAACAGAGGGAACAUGGACUGUUGCAGACUGUGUGGACUUUUUUGGGAAAGAAAGGUGACCAUGAAGGAUGUGCCAAGUGAAAAGCUUCAAGAAAGAGACAAAAUUGGAAAGAAUGUCUCAGAUGGGCUUCAAGGUCUGCGGUUGCUUUUUUGUGACUGUUUCAGAAUUGUUGAGGGUCUGCAGGUAAGGUUAAGUUGCCAUAUCCAUUGACUGCAGAAAGAGUGUGAAUAUCUUGACUGGAAUAGUUAUAUUCUUUCUGCAAUUUUGUUCUGCAAAAUUUUCCUGAACACACCCUUUAAACACUCUAUGCAGUAAACUGAUCUGAGCAGAUUUACAGGCUGAGCAUAUUUUGUGUCUUGUUUUGUGUCUGGUCUGUUGCAAACCUUUAUUGGUAUCCAGACCGGUGAAUCAUGGUUAAUGUAUCGAUUAUUUUAUGCAGUUGCUUUUAAAUACAAUGUUGAUAUGUAAGGAAUGCUUCACUUGCAUUUCUGAGUGGAUAUGGGUUUCAACAGCACUUUAAAUAAAACUUUGAAAAUAAACCUCCCUUUCUUGCUGAUGGUAGAUGCUGUUUGACACUGAUAAUGUCAGAGAGAACGAACCCACAGGGACACGCCUCCCAAGAGGUUCACUGUGAAUAAAACCCACACUAAUAUGGACACUAAUUCUGUGGAGAAAUCGUGUCUAAUGUCCGAGGGGUGGGUGCGCGUGUCUUU